UUGAAUAAUUUCUCUAUCUCACCCCUUUCUGUAAAAGUCCGUUACAGUUAAAACUGAACAAACCGCAUGCUCCACCACCCGCGCAAUGUAGUUUCACUUUCACUCCCUUCUCCAACCCCCAAACGCCACUCCAAUCGCAAUGAAUCUCCAACUUCUAAACUCACCUAUCCUCCUCCGUCCCUCCUCCUCCUCCUCACCCCCCACCACCCGUUCGACGAAAUUCCUCAAUGACCCGACAAAACCCUCAACCCUGCCAUUGUUUCUAAUCAGAGCAGCCAAGAGACAAAACCCAUCUCGAGGCCUCCAGAAGCAACCCGACAAGGACCUGUCUCGGAUCCUGAGGACAGAGGCGGCGAUAAAUGCCAUUGAGAGGAAAGCUAAUUCGAACAAGUAUAACCAGCUGUGGCCCAAAGCGGUGUUGGACGCUCUUGACGAGGCGAUACGGGAGAAUCAGUGGGAGUCUGCUCUAAAGAUCUUUCGUCUUCUUCGUAAGCAACAUUGGUACGAACCAAGAUGCCAAACAUACACAAAGCUGUUGGUGAUGCUGGGCAAGUGCAGGCAACCAAAACAAGCAGGCUUUCUUUUUGAGCUUAUACAUUCUGAUGGGCUCGAACCCACUGUAGAUGUCUACACUGCACUUGUGAGUGCAUAUGGCCUCAGUGGUCUCCUUGAUGAAGCAUUUCAUACUCUUGAUCUUAUGAAGUCAGUCUCUGAUUGCAGACCAGAUGUAUAUACCUAUUCCAUUCUUAUCAACUGUUGCAUGAAGCUCCAUCGUUUUCAUUUCGUCAAAGGCAUACUCGCUGAGAUGUCAUACUUGGGAGUUGAAUGUAGUGCAGUUACGUACAACACUAUAAUUGAUGGAUAUGGCAAGGCCAAACUGUUUGAACCCAUGGAGAACUCGUUGACGGACAUGAUUGAAAGUGACGCAUGCAAUCCAGAUGUUUUCACAUUGAAUUCUUUUAUUGGAACAUAUGGGAAUUGUGGGAAGAUUGUGGAAAUGGAAAAGUGGUUUGAAGAAUUUCAGCUAAUGGGAAUAGGACCUGACAUAAAGACAUUUAACAUUCUGAUUAAAUCAUACGGGAAAGCUGGCAUGUAUGAGAAGAUGGGUUCUGUUUUGGAGUUUAUGAAGAAAAGAUUCUUUUCCCCAACAGUUGUCACUUUUAAUACCGUUAUUGAGGCAUUUGGUAGGUCUGGAAAUAUUGAGAAGAUGGAAGAAUUCUUUCUGAAGAUGAAGCAUCAGGGAAUGAAGCCCACCUCUGUUACUUACUGUACUCUUGUCAGUGCAUAUAGUAAAUCUGGGCUUUUGCAUAGGAUUGAUUCAAUCAUGAGGCAAGUAGAGAACUCUGAUGUAGUUCUUGAUACGGCAUUUUUCAAUUGUGUUAUCAGUGCAUAUGGUCGAGCUGGUAACAUUAAAAGGAUGGGUGAGUUAUUAUUGACAAUGAAAGAGAGAAAUUGUAAGCUGGACAAUAUCACCUUAGCUACAUUGAUACAAGCGUACAAAAAACAAGGCAUGAUAGAGGCUGUAAAAGAGUUGGAGGAUAAGAUGAUUUCUGAUGAGGAAAAUUCAGUAAGGAUGAAGUUGAUCGGAUGCUAACAUUAAGAAGGGUAGCAUGAAGAAAGGGAGCAUACUGACCGUACAUGUGCGAAUUCUACCACUUCCUAAACCAGGUGAAAUCUUACUACCAAGCUUUAUGCGGGUGUGGUAAUCCCUCUUUCCCUUGACAAGAAAUUCAGAAGACUAUGGCUCCGUUGAAGGUGAGUUUUUUUUUUUUGGAUGGUGUGCGGCCCAAGGUAAGAUUCUUACUGUUGAUAAUGUGAUUCGAAGGCGGAGGAUUAUUGUCAACUGGUGUUGUAUGUGCAAAUGGGAUGCGGAGAUUGUUGAUCAUCUUCUCAUUUAUUGUUCGGUGGCGUGGGAGCUUUGGACUUUGGCGUUUUCUUGGCUUGGGUUGAAGUGGGCCAUCUCGAGGAAUGUCAUGGAGCUCUUAAUUGCGUGGAGAGGUGCUAGAGUGGGAAAAAGAAGGAAGAGUGUUUGGGCCAUGAUCACUCUUUGUUUGAUGUGGAUAAUAUGGUGUGAGAGGAACUUGAGAUGUUUUGAGGGGCUGGCUAAUCCUUUAUUUAGGAUCCAGAGUUUUUUUUAUUAGUAGCUUGUAUAAUUGGGACAAGGGGGAAUGUAAUCCUUCCCUUGACCAAUACAUAGAUUGGUUUGAUCAUUUU